CAGUCUCCUCCAGUAACAUUCGAAAAGUACGCCCUGAUAGCACUCCGAUAGAUUUUCCCCGGUUCUCGCGAAAUCGUAAAGAAUCAGUUUUGUAUCAAAAACGUCAAAAAAAAAACACCUUUCUAUUGGAAAAAGAAGAAAGUGUUGCAACUUCUUUUUAUAUUCUUUUAUAAAAUUGAUUUUUUUUUGUUGAACUAAAAACAUUUUUUUUGUCAAGUGAUGUGAUGUGAUUUUUCUUCUUGGACAUCUUCAGGAUUUUUUGGGGGUCAAAAAAUUUUCAUCGCGAACAACGUUUUCAACCAGGACAAGCUAUUUUUAGUAUGGCUCAUAGAGUUUCCAAUAAUUUUCGAAAAAUCAUCAUCUACAACAAUAAAAAGAAUCUAGGAUGUCGUAAAAUCAAUUCGUUUUGAAAAAUGCCAUUGAGGGUAUUGAAGGAGGUUUUUGAUGACGUCAUCGAGGGGGUUGCCCUUCAAAGGGAUGAAAAUGCGACACAAGGGUCGCAAUGGAAUAGAACUCAACGAAUACCAUUCGUUGAGUCAUUUUACGAGCACGAAUCUUCGCUGGAGCAGUUCUAUUUGAAUCUUACCAACUUAACAAACAUCGCGAACCACACCUCUAACGACACUCUUCUCGAUGGCGAAGGAACUGAGCCUCUCGCCGACUUGAUACUUAUGAUCCUCCUUUCCAUACUUCUGGGUCUUAUGAUACUUGUCACCGUCAUAGGUAAUGUAUUUGUGAUAGCAGCAAUACUCCUCGAGAGGAAUCUACAAAACGUUGCCAAUUACCUGAUAGUGUCGUUGGCGGUUGCAGAUUUAAUGGUGGCCUGUUUAGUGAUGCCUCUGGGAGCGGUUUACGUGAUAAGUAACAAUUGGAUUAUGGGUCCAGAAUUAUGUGAUAUGUGGACUUCAAUAGACGUUCUUUGUUGUACAGCUUCCAUUCUCCAUCUAGUUGCAAUAGCAAUGGAUAGAUAUUGGGCUGUAACAAACGUAGUUUAUACAAGAAACGGGACAAGAAUAGGUGUGAUGAUAAUCAUGGUAUGGAGUGUGGCGUUGGUGGUAUCUUUAGCGCCCCAAGUGCCCCAGUUCGGUUGGAAAGAUCCCGAUUAUUUAGUAAGGAUAAAUAAUAAUCAAUGUAUGGUCAGUCAAGAUAUAGGUUAUCAAAUAUUCGCGACGUCAUCAACUUUUUACGUCCCACUUUUAGUGAUUUUUGUUUUAUAUUGGAAAAUUUUUCAAACAGCCCGAAAACGAAUACGUAAACGGCGAGAAAUGAAAAAUCAAAAUCUCGAAUCGUCUAUAAACGUUUCAAAUAGUACUACGAAUAACAACAGCAACAGUAGCGGUGCAAAGAUUACGAGAAAUUUUUUAACGAAACCGAAAUUUUUAAAAACAAAGCGUCGUAAAGAAAAGAAGUCGUCAAAAGCGGCUGAGGCUUUAGUUGCUUCGUUGGUAAUGAUGGAGGGUCAAUCAACGACGACAACAAUGGAAACUGUUGAUGAACAUGAUGAGCAACAUCGAAUUAACGAUCAAACAACGGUUGAGGAAGAGACAACAGCUUUUACAAUUACGACAAACAUAAAUAGUAAAGAAAAAUUUUCGCCGGAAAGAUCGACGAAUAACGGUCGAAAUAUUGAAAAAGAAAUUCCCGUUUGUCCAGCAUCUGUAGACAAAUUAAUACCGUCCACGAGAAAAGAAAAAAAGGAAAGUAUCGAAGCGAAACGGGAAAGAAAAGCUGCGAAAACUUUGGCGAUUAUAACCGGAGCUUUUGUUAUGUGUUGGUUACCAUUUUUCGUUUUAGCGUUAGCCUCACCAAUGUGCGAGGGUUGUAUAAAUUCUUAUAUAAUGAGCUUUUUUUUAUGGUUAGGUUAUUUUAAUUCAACGUUAAAUCCGGUUAUUUAUACAAUAUUUAAUCCAGAAUUUAGGCAAGCUUUUAAAAGAAUUUUAUGUGGUGGCGGUAGAUCUAGGUCAAGAAAUUUUAGAUCAGGCAAAAUAAGAUAA